GCGUCAAGAUACAAACAAUAAACCAGUUAGACACACUAGCGCUUCACGUUGCCAUAGCGACCGAUAUAGGGCUGGGCCUGUUAUUCUUCGGUCAGGGAAAUCUGUGGUGCAAACAGCAGGCAGGGCUCCGGUAGUCCAACCCUUUGAGUUUAGCCAGGAGGUAUAGAUUACCGUCACUUGGAGACUGAAGGGGAGUGUCUGUUCGGUUUUCUCUUUCGUCUUUUAUAUUCUAGCAUUUUUUUGUUGUUGUUUUUAUAAAUCUCACAUGUUGCCGAAGCAGGUUUUUUUUUUUUUUUAAACUGAAAUAUCGCUCUGUUCUGGUAACAGGUAAAAAUACCAGAGUGCUGAGGACGCAGAGCUCCGAAGGGCCUAAACCCAGGACACGGUAACAGGUGGAUCCUACACCUUCACCAGCUCGGCUAGCGUAAUAGGCCAGCCCCUUCCACUAGCAAUGGCCGACAGUCCUAUAGACGAGCACCAGGCUGCCCACCUUCCCUGGUUUGUGGCUGUAGCCCAGGUCCUCGGUCUGACCUCGGUGGUCAUCACAGGAGUCUGGAUGGGUCACUAUCGGGGCGGCUAUGGCUGGGACGGGACCAGUCUCCAGUUCAACGUCCACCCCCUGUGCAUGGUCAUCGGAAUGGUGUUCCUGUAUGGAGACGCUAUCCUGGUGUACCGAGUUUUCAGGAAUGAGCCCAAACGCAUCACCAAGAUCCUCCACGGUGCCAUCCACCUGAUCUCCCUCAUCAUCUCCAUCGUAGGUUUGAUUGCCGUGUUCCAGUUCCAUGCAAAGUCCAAGAUCCCGGAUAUGUACUCGCUGCACAGCUGGUGUGGAAUGCUCACCUUUAUCAUAUUCAUUGUGCAGUGGGUGAUGGGUCUGACUUUCUUCCUGUUCCCUGGUGCGUCCGUCUCUCUCCGCAGCUGGUACCUCUCGCUGCACGUUUUUUUCGGGCUGGCGCUGUUUGCCCUCGCCAUAGGAACCUGCCUGCUGGGCAUCAAGGAAAAGCUGCUUUUCAGCAUCAUGUCCACCUAUUCAAAGUUUGAGCCUGAGGGGAUACUGGCCAACGUGUUGGGAUUGCUGCUGGUGGCGUUUGGUGUGGUGGUGGGAUACAUCCUGACACGGGAGGAGUGGAAACGGCUUCCCAACCCAGAAGAGCAGGCCCUAUCCAUGAACUUCAAGAACCUCACUGAGGGCGAGAGUCCCGACUCUCCCUAAAACGCCCUCCUUCCCUCCUGGGACCAGGGGAGCCAGCCUGUCCCUGCCAAAGCUUCACCAUCCUGUUGCAGAUAUUGCAGAGCACAGCCUCCUCCCCCUGCUGGCAAGCUGAGGGAUUGUCUGUGCAAUGGAAUGUUACAGAAGGUUGUACACAUCAAUAUUACCCAAACACAGUUUUAAUCAUGACCUUACAAACACACUACUUGCCUGUUUCAGAAUUGUCAAAUAUAUAGUUUCGCUUUUUUUUUGCUGGGCCAAAUAAUGUAAUUACCAUUUCCUUGAUUUUGGUUUUAAUGCUAGUUUUGUUGUACUGUACACAGGCCCACAUAGCUUUGUGUGAAAGUUACAAGGAACUGUUCAACUUUAAUGUUUUUCUUUGCUACAUGUACAUUUGGUCUAUAUUUUCUUUUAAAUUACCUGAUGGUUCAAGUAAUUCCUAGAAUUAAUAAGUGUUCAUCUAAAAGCCAAUUUGAGUGCAAUGGUGGGGGUGGUUGUUAUUAUUAUUAUUAUAAAGAUAUAACUGUACAUGAAGUUAUUUAUACUGCAUAUAUCAGUUAGUUUUUGGGGUUAUUUUAGUUCGCCAGAGCAGUAGAAUUUGGCCAGUAUGCAUUCAUUAUAUUUAAAUUAACUCAGUAGACAAAGUCUUAGGUUGUGUUCCUAUGAAAAUGAAUUGCAUUGAUUCUGUCCUGCAUAAAGUUAAAGAAAGUGAAUUAUUAUUUAUCUGAUUAGUAGCUGACCCCUAAACAUGAGAGAUUCCCAGUAGUGUCAAGGUGAGCAAAAAGCAUCCCUUGCCAUUUUAUUUUUGUUCUGCAUCCAACUUCCUCGUUCAGUUGGUUAAUAUUUAAAGUAAGGGAUUAUUUUAUACUGGGGCACGACUGGUAAGCGUUCCUGUAUAGCAUGAAAUCAAUUGCUUUAUCGAUCAGUCUUGAAAUCGGAUGAAAUUUGAAGUUAUGGCCUAGUUACCUGUCAAAUGCAGUACAGGCUUUUAAACCUUCUAUUAAACAUAGAUGUUUUUAACAAUAAAUAUCACGCAUGUCAGAUUGAGAAUUUGCUAUAUUUAGUGUCUUGUCUUUAAACGUGAUCUUUACUGUCUUGGCAAACCAAAAACAAAAUGUUGCUGCCAUAUAAAUACAGACUGCUGUGUAGUUAAUGAUACAAGUCUCAGUUGAUAUGUGGUUUUUUUAUUUGUUUAACUUUACAUGUUGUUUGUGUAAUAAAUGUCCUAUUUAAAUACUGGUUGUUAUCAUAAUAAAUGUAUGCUGCAUA